AUAACGAAAAGUUCCCGCUCGUAGCGUGGUAUUUGAAUGAAUAUUUAGUCAACACGGAAUCUCAGUGCGUGCUAGUAGUGUUAUAAAAUUAUUUAGUAUAAGUAGGAACACGUGAAGAGCAGCUAGUCUUCUCUAAGGAAUAUUCAUUUAUACAUUUAAUCAUCAUGGGCAAGGAGGACAAGGAGGAGUCCGGCUUCGGGUUCAAGGACCGCGCGAAGGCGGAGGAGACGCUACGGCUGCUGCAGGCGCACGAGCCCAACUACCGGCGCCUCACCGUGCGCGGCCUGCUCGGCCGGGCCAAGCGCGUGCUGUCCAUGACAAAAGCAGAAGACAAGAUCAAGAACAUAAAGGAGGCGAUGGAGGUGUUCGAGCAGUGGCUCGCAGACCUCGACAAGGACAAGAAGACUGACAACAAGCAAGACAAGAAGGACGACAAGAAGAAGCAAGACAAACAAGAGAAGAAGAGUGAUAGUGAUGAUAGCUCAUCAGCAUCAGACGUGGAAAUGGAAGAGAAGCCGAAGAAGGCCGAGCUGCCUGCGGACACGGUGCCAGGACUCGGCUUCAAGGACGCGGCGGCCGCUGAGGGCACGCUGAAGGAGUUGGAGGGAAGAGACCCUGAUUAUCAGCGGCUGGCGGUCAAGGGACUUAUCGGGAGGGCUAAGAGGGUGCUUACGUGUACCCGCGACGAAGCAAAGAUCUCGAACAUAAAGGAGGCGAUGUCGAUCUUCGAGAAGUUCCUGGACGAGUUCGAGUCGCUGCACCUGAGCCGGCAGAACAACCCCUACCUCAGCCUCGGCGUCGUCAGAACCGCGGAGAAGCUAGCCGGGGAGGAUGUUAGUGAACAACAGAAAUCGUUCAUAUUGGCGUACAGCAGCGUCCGCGGUGAGUACAAGCGUCUCCGCACCGUGCCGAGUGACGGCGGCAAGACGUGGGACAUCGUUAGGAAUAACGCGCUGAAGGACCUUAAGGAAAAGCACGCAGACGCGAAACUCUUCAACGACAAAGACGAACCUACAGCGGAGCACUUACAAAUGUUACUGUGGGCGUACUCGCCCGAACCCGCCCGCGUCAAGAAGUACGUCCCCGAGACUAAAGAGCAGAAGGAGAGCAAAGAGAAAGAGAGUGAGAACAACGACAGGAAGAGACGCCGGGAGAGCGACGAAGAGGGAGACAGGCGGAGCUCGCGCGAGGACGAGUCGCCUGCCAAGAAGAGCAAAGAGUGAUUGUUAAUGCAUUUAUUAUUCAAUAAAUAUUAUUUUCUGUCUUUGAAUUUA